UUGGCGGGAACGGGCGGUGCGCGAGGCGGGCCCCCGCUGGACCGUCUCCACGGCAACGCGGCGCCUUUAACAUUAAACAACAACCGGCGGAGCGGCCCGCUCUCUCUCUCCGCAUCGACGACGCAAGGAGCAACAUCGCCCCCCGUACUGCGGAAAUAAACAUUGGCAGUCUCGAGACUCGGCGAGCAAACUCCCAGGCCGCGUUCCGACAGCGACCCCCGGUUUUGGGACUCUGCGGACGAUGUCCGAGCCUGGCGAGCCGAGGGAACGGGCGGAGCUGGCGCGCACCGCGCCUGGCGCGCAACUCCCUGACCACGCAGCCGCCGGAGCGAACGGCGUCCAAGGCAUGGAGGGCAGCGCAGACGUCGCGGCAAGCGACGGGCGCCGGCAGAGCGGAGGGGAGGAUCAGGCGCCGGGUGACCCGGCCGACGCUAUCCUAUCGCGGGUGGCGCUGAGCAGCGCGCCGUCCGGCGGCGCCUGGCAGGAUCACCACCGGCGGGCGGCACGCCGGUUCCUCGCCGACGCCAGCCAGCGCCUGCUGGUGGUCUACACGGACGCCGCUGGGGGCGACGUCCGCCUCUCGGCCUCCGUGCCCUCUCACGCCGUGGACGAGAUGAUGUAUUUCGUGCGGCGACGGUGCGACGGUACCGGCGGCGACGCCGACGGUACCGCCGGUGCCGCCGGUGCCGUCGCCGCCGACGGGGCGGGUGGCGCCGAGCGGCUGCUGCGUAGCGGCGCGGUGCUGGUGGGCACUGUGAGGGGCGGCCACCUGGAGGCCCUCCUGCGGGCGAUGGGCGGUGUCUACGUGCCCUCGCUGCUGCACAAUGCCGGCUGGCCCGAGGGCAUCCGCAACGACUUCCGCGGGCACGUGCACCGCUUCAUGGCCACGCUCACGGACACGCGGCACAAGCUGGAGGGACACACGGUGCUCUACAUCCCCCAGGAGGUGCUGUCCAUCGACGCGGAAACGGCCGCGUCGGACAAGGAGCUGGUGGGACGACUCGAGACGGCGAUGGUCCACUGGACGAGGCAGAUCAAGGAGGUUCUGAGCGCCCAGGAUUCGAUGGAAGAUGGCGGCGACGCCGGCGGGGAGGGCGGCGACGGCUGGGGACCCCUGGAGGAGGUUGAGUUCUGGCGUAGCCGGCGGGCCGACCUCGCUGGGCUCGCCUCGCAGCUGGAGAAGGGCGGCGUGACGCGGGUGCAGCGGGUGCUGGGCCUCGCCAAGUCCUCCUACGUGGGGGCAUUCGCCAGGCUGGCACGCCAGAUACAGGACGGCUCCGGGCAGGCGGAGGGCAACGUGCGCUUCCUGCUCGCUCUGCGGGAGCCGUGCGAGGCGCUGCGGGCGGGCGGGGCCCGCGACGCUGCUGGCCCGCUGGCGCGCAUCCUCGCCACGGUGCGCUUCGUGUGGGUCCACUCGGAGUUCUACGGCUCGGCGGAGCGCAUCGGGGGCCUCCUGCGCAAGGUGAGCACGGAGGUCCUCCGCGUCUGCCGCCGGGAGAUCUCCCUGGAGGGCAUCUUGGACGGGGGCUUCGCCGAGACCGGCAAGCGCAGCCUGGGCGAGUGCCUGACGUGCUGCGCCGAGUGGAAGCGCCUCUACCGGCACCACGCCGGCGUCCACCGACGGUUCUCUGCGAGCGGCUGGGACCUGGACGAGACGGUCAUCUUUGCGCAGGUCGAUGCCUUCGCACAGAGAUGCCAAGACCUGCUGGAGGUGUGCGAGUGCCAGCAGCAGUUUGGGCGCUACGUGGACGGGCAGCGCGCCCCCCUGCCCUGCCUGGGUGGGCAGCGAGGCCCCGCGGUGGUGCGGAGCCUCCUCGAGACCCAGGAGGCCUUCGGCCGCGCGCUGCGGCCGCUUGUAGAGGCGCGCGCCACCAUCCUGGACGUCAACAACACCGCCUGGCAUGAGCACUGCAACCGCUUCCGGGCGGCCGUCAAGGAGCUGGAGGUGAUGAUGCAGAACCUCAUCAGCUCGGCCUUCGAGACGGUCACCAUGGUGACGCAGGGCGUGGAACUCCUGGACGUGUUCCAGCACUUUUCGUCACGGGAGGCCAUCAGGCGGACGCUGGACCGUCAGGCGGUGGAGGUGUGGGCCCUCCUGGCCGGCGACGUCGCCGACGCCAACCGGGAGCUGAGCCGGCGGCCGGCUCCGUCGCUGAGGCCGGAGCUGCCGCGCCACGCCGGGCAGGCGCACCGCCUGAGGGCUGUGCGGCGACGCAUCGACCGCUCCAUGCAGGCCCUGCGCGAUGCCAGCUUCCUGCCGCCCUCGGGCGUGGGCGACGAGGUGGCCGCGGCUCACCGGCAGCUGGCCCAGGCGCUGGACGAGGCGGUGCAGCGCCACUACGGGGAGUGGGCGGGCGCCGUGGACAAGCAGGCGCUGGCGCGCCUCGAGGUGCCCGUGCUGGUGCGCAGCCGCGAGCAACCGGGCACCAUCGACGUCAACUUCGACAGGUCGCUGCUGAAGACGUUCGCCGAGGUGUUCUACUGGGACCGGAUGUCGUUCGAGGUGCCGCACUACGCCACCGACGUGUACAGCCGCUGCGACGAGCUGCGGGCGCUCAGGGAGAACGUGCUGCUGGUGGUGCGCGACUACAACAGGAUCGUGAACUCGCUGACUCCGGAGGAGCGUCCGCUGUUCCGUGACCGGAUCCGCUCGCUGGACAAGCGUCUCCACGUGGGGCUCAGCAAGCUGCAUUGGUCCAGCCACGAGAUCGCCGCCUUCUUCGUGAUGGAGUGUCGCGCGCACAGCAGCAAGGUGCAGAUGCUGGUGGACUCCUUCAAGGCGGCGAGCUCCGAGAUCGCACGCGGGUGCCGGCGGAUGAGCGAGACGCUGCUGCUGCGCAUCGACGACCACGACGAGGAGGAGGUGGAGGAGGAGGUGGAGGAGGUGGUGGAGGAGGGGCACGGCCGCCGGAACCGGCGAGUCUUCUCGGCGGGGGAGUUUGUGCCGGAGCAGCGGCGCCGUCGCGACGCCGCCCUCGGACGCCUCCUGCGGGAGCACGAGGGGCUGCUGGCGCUGCUGCGGCGAACCCACGAGGCGUUCCGCAGCGACGGCGCCGAGGUGCAGCAGUGCUGGGCGCAGCACAUGGAGCGCGUGGAGCGGCGUGUGCAGGAGGCUCUUCGCGUCAACGUGCGGCGCUCCCUGCAGGCGCUCGCCCGGGCCCUCGGCGUCGCCGGCACCGGCGUUGCCGGCGUUGCCGGCGUCGCCGGCGGUGCGGAUGGCGCCGCUGCGCCGAGCCCUCUCUUCCGCGUCCUGGUGGGGCUCCAGCAGCAGCCGGUGCAGGCGAGCGGCACGCCGCAGGUGGAGUUUGAGCCGUCGCUGGCGCUCCUCUCGGAGGAGGUUAGCGGCGUGAGCGCCGCCGUCUGUGCCGCUGUCUCGGCCUUCAAGCGCCUGGCACUGUCGCCGGACGACGAUGCCGGCGGCGAGCCCCGGGAACUCAUCCCGUGCAUCGCAGAAAAAUUAAUGAGAUUCUUUUUUUUUCAACGUGGGGAAAUAAAAAUCCGCGCGUUGGGAUUACGUGGGAAGGGCAGCGGGGACGACGCCGCCGCUCCCAUUCCGCUGGCCGGUCCCGUGAAGGCAUUGCCGGGGAAUCCUCCCGAAUCGGAGGAAAUCCGCAAGAUCCGUUUGGCCAUCGACGCGGGGAUGGCUCAGAACGCUGCCCAGCUGCAGGCCUACCUCAAGACGUGGGUGGCCUACCGCGAGAUCUGGGAGAUCAACAAGGACGCCUUCAUCCGCCGCUACCAGCGCCAGAACCCGCCCGUGUCCUCCUUCGACGGGGACAUCGGGAGGUACGCGGAGGUCGCCAACAACGUGCAGAAGGAGGAGACGGUGCUGAGCGUGCAGUUCGUGCUCCUCGACUGCUCCCCGCUGAAGCUUUCGCUGCUCCGGCACUGCAGCGAGUGGCAGGCGAAACUCACGUCCCUGCUCGCGGACAUGGCCGGCGGGCAGCUGCGCGACCUCCACGCCUACCUGAGCGACAACGGAGAGAGGGUGAGCCGCCCCCCGCGCACGCUGGACGAGCUGGGCGACGCCCUGCGCCUCCUGGGGGCCCUGCAGGCCGAGGGGCCGCGCGUGGCCGCCCGCCUGGGACCCAUCCACGAGCAGUUCGCCAUCCUGCACAAGCACGAGGUGCCCGUCGACGCCGAGGUGUCCCGGAUGCUGGAGUCGCUGACGGCCCAGCAUCUGUCCUUCCAGCAGUGCUUGCUGGACAGCGAGGCAAUGCUGAGGAGGCGAAAGGAGCACUUCCGCUCGGGACUCCUCCACUCGGCCGACGAGUUCAAGAGGAGGGUGCAGAGCCUGGUGGACGACUUCCACACACACGGUCCCUUCAGCAGCGCGGUGUCCUGCGGCGACGCUCUGGGCCAGGUGUGCAACCUGCGCGGGCAGCUCAACGGCCUCAAGCUGGAGGAGAACGACCUCCGGCGAGGGCUCGGCAUCUUUAAGAUGGAGCAGGCGCCCUCCAAGGAGAUGCAGGCCCUGGAUAAGGACCUGGAGCUGCUGGAGUCGGUGUGGGAGUUGGCACGCGAGUGGGAGCUCUGCUGGAGCAGCUGGAAGCUGGGCCACUUCGCCUCCCUCGACUGCGUCACCAUGGAGGCGACGGCGCACAGCCACCACAGGCAGAUGAUCAAGCUGGCGCGGGAUGCCAAGGACACGAGCUGGGAGGUGGUGAGCAGCACCAAGGCGAGGCUGGAGCAGUUCAGGAGGACCAUGCCGCUGAUCGCCCACCUGAGGAAUCCCGCGAUGAGGGAGAGGCACUGGAGCCAGAUCAAGCAGCAGGUCCAGGGGCCCUUCGAGCAGGACGCCGACGCCUUCACGCUGGAGGUCAUCGUGGAGCUGGGCCUGGAUCGGCACGCCGAGGUGGUGGCCCUCAUCUCGGCCUCCGCCACCAGGGAGCUCGCCAUCGAGCAGGCACUGGAAGCAGUGGCGAAGACGUGGGACACGGCGGUGCUCGACAUUGGACAGUACAAGGACAAGGGACACUACAGGCUCCGGGGCACGGAGGAGCUGUUCCAGACGCUGGAGGACAAUCAGGUGAUGCUGUGCACCAUGAAGGCGUCCCCGUCUGUGCGGCCCUUCGAGGCCCAGGUGGACCGCUGGGAGCGUUCCCUCUCCCUCCUCCUCGAGGUGGUCGAGGCGCUGCUCACCGUGCAGAGGCAGUGGAUGUGCCUGGAGAACAUCUUCCUCGGCGAGGACAUCCGCAAGCAGCUGCCCCUCGAGUCGAGCCGCUUCGACGCCAUCGACGGCGAGUGGAGGGAGGUGAUGGGGACGCUGGCGGCUGACUCCAACGCCCUGCGGGGAGCUCAGCGGCCAGGGCUGCUGGAGAGGCUGGGAGAGAUGAUUGCCUCCUUGGAAGACAUCCAGAAGUCGCUGGACAUGUACCUGGAGACCAAGAGACAGGUGUUCCCUCGCUUCUACUUCCUGUCCAACGACGAGCUCCUCGAGAUCCUGGGCCAGGCACGCAACCCCGCGGCUGUGCAGCCGCACCUCAAGAAGUGCUUCGACAACAUCAAGUCACUCACCAUCCAGAAGGUGUCGGGGCCCUCGCGGAGGAUGGAGGCCACGGCCAUGGCCUCGUCUGACGGAGAAGUCGUCAGCUUCUCCGCUGCCGUGCUUCUGGAGGGACCCGUCGAGGCCUGGCUGUGCGACGCUGAACGGGCCAUGCGCCACACACUCAGGGAGCUACUGCGCGAAUGCCUGCUGACGCUCAGGAAGACCGGCGGCAAACGCGACAAGUGGAUCCGGGAGUGGCCGGGACAGCUGCUCCUCACAGCGAGCCAGGCACAGUGGACGAGCGACGUGCACAAGGCGUUGAGCACCGCCAAGGAGCGUGCCGACUCAGCGGCGCUGAAGACUCUGAAGAAGAAGCAGGUCUCCCUGCUGCACCGCUACUCGGAGGCGAUCCGCGGCAGCCUGAGUAGGCCGCUGCGCCUGCGCCUGGUGGCGCUCGCCACGCUGGGGGUGCGCGACCGCGACGUGGUGGAGCGCCUCACACGCACCGGCUGCACCGACCCCACCGCCUUCGACUGGCUCAGCCAGCUGCGCACCUACUGGGAGAAGGAGGCGGACGACUGCGUCGUGCGACAGACGAACUCGCAGUUCACCUAUGGCUACGAGUACCUGGGCAACUCGGGGCGCCUCGUCAUCACCCCGCUCACGGACAGGUGCUUCUUGACCCUCACCACCGCCCUGCGCCUCCACCGAGGCGGCUGUCCGAAGGGCCCGGCGGGCACGGGCAAAACGGAGACGGUCAAGGACCUGGGCAAGGCCCUGGGCGUCUACGUCAUCGUCGUCAACUGCUCGGAGGGACUGGACUACAAGUCCAUGGGGCGAAUGUACUCGGGCCUGGCACAGACGGGCGCCUGGGGCUGCUUCGACGAGUUCCACCUCGUCAGCGAGGAGGUGCUGUCCGUGGUGGCCCGGCAGAUCGCCGGCGUGUUCACGGCGCUCGCCGCCGGCCUGCGACGCUUCGUGUUCGAGGGCCGCGAGGUGACGCUGAGGCCCUCGUGCGGAAUCUUCGUCACCAUGAACACCGGCUACGUGGGUCGCACGGAACUUCCGGACAACCUCAAGUCGAUGUUCCGCCCCGUCUCCAUGGUGGUGCCGGACUCGGCACACAUCGCCGAGAUGGUCCUCUUCGGCGAGGGGUUCGGCAACUGCAAGGCGCUGGCCAGGAAGGUGCACACCCUCUACUCGCUGGCGGUGCAGCAGCUGUCCCGUCAGGACCACUACGACUUCGGUCUGCGGGCUCUCACGUCGCUGCUGCGGUAUGCCGGGCGCAAGCGGCGUGCCAACCCUGGGCUCUCCGACGAGGAGAUCCUCCUCAUGUGCAUGCGCGACGUGAACGCGCCCAAGCUGACGCCCUCCGACCUGCCCCUCUUCAGCGCCAUCAUCCAGGACCUCUUCCCGGGAGUCGACGCGCCGACACUCGAAGACGCAAAGCUGCGCGAGGCCGUGGAGAGGGAGCUGCUGUCGGCGGGCCUGCAGGCGACGGCGUCGACGCUGGCCACCUGCCUGCGGCUGCACGAGACCAAGGGCUCGCGCCACGCCACGGCCCUUGUUGGCCCCACGGGCAGCGGCAAGAGCACGGCGUGGAGGGCCCUGCAGGCCGCACUCACGGGCCUGGCGCGCGCCGGCGAGCCCGGUUACAGCGUCGUCAGGGAGUUCGCCCUCAACCCGAAAGCCUUGACCCUUGGUGAACUCUACGGGGAGUUUGACCUCAACAGCAGCGAGUGGACAGAUGGCAUCAUUUCCUCCAUCAUGCGCACCGCCUGUACAGACGAACGUCCCGACGAAAAGUGGAUCGUGUUCGACGGGCCGGUGGACACGCUGUGGAUCGAGAACAUGAACUCCGUGAUGGACGACAGCAAAGUGCUCACGCUCAUCAACGGCGAGCGAAUCUCCAUGCCCGAGCAGGUGUCGCUGCUGUUCGAGGUGGCGGACCUGGCGGCGGCGUCUCCCGCCACGCUGUCUCGCUGCGGCGUCGUCUACAGCGACUACCACCAGCUGGGAUGGCGCCCGCACGUCCAAUCCUGGCUGCAGGGCCGGCCAAAGGAGGAGGCCGAGCACCUGCGGCCGCUUGUGGAGCGCUACGUGCAGCUGACGCUCGACUUUGUGGGCGCCGCCUGCCGUCAGCCCGUGCCCGUGCCCGAGUGCGGCGCCGUCGCCUCGCUGUGCAAGCUCUACGGAGCCCUCGCCACGCCCGACAACGGGGUGAACCCGGCGGACACGGAGGGGCUGGGCCGCAUGGUGGAGCUGUGGUUCCUCUUCAGCCUCGUGUGGUCUCUGUGCGCCGCGGUCGACGAGGAGGGGCGCAAGAAGGUGGACAACUUCCUGCGCGAGAUCGAGGGCACCUUCCCCAACAAGGAUACCGUCUAUGAAUAUUACGUGGAUGUGAAGAAUAGGAAGUGGUCCCCGUUUGAGGAUAAGCUGCCCAAGGGGUGGCGAUACUUGCCCAGCACGCCCUUCUACAAGCUGGUAGUGCCCACAGUGGACACGCUGCGCUACCACAUGCUGGUCAGCGCGCUGGUGUCCAACCAGCGGCCGGUGCUGCUGGUUGGGCCAGUGGGCACAGGGAAGACUCUGCUGGCUCAGAGUGUCGCCCAGAGCCUCGAUCCAGCCGCCUGGAGCGUACUCACCAUCAACAUGUCGGCGCAGACGUCGCCGGGCGACGUGCAGGCGGCGGUGGAGGGCCGCGUGGAGAAGCGCACCAAGGGGGUCCUCGUCCCCCCGGGAGGCCGCCGCCUCCUGCUGCUGCUGGACGACCUCAACGUGCCGGCCGGCGACGCCUUCGGCUCGCGGCCGCCCCUCGAGUUGCUUCGCCUGUGGCUCGACUACGGCUUCUGGUACGACCGGCGGAGGCAGAGCGUCAGCUUCGUCAAGGACAUGUUCCUGCUGGGGGCCAUGGGACCCCCAGGCGGUGGCCGAACGGACAUCUCCCCUCGCCUGCAGAGUAGCUUCAACGUCAUCAACGUCACCUUCCCCAGGGACGAGCAGAUCGCCGGCAUCUUCGGGACGCUGCUCAACCAGAAGCUGCAGGACUUUGAGGAGGAGGUGCGGCCCCUUGCCGGCGUGCUGACCGCGGCCACCGUGCAGCUGUACGGCGCCGUGGUGGCGCGGUUCCUGCCCACGCCCAGCAAGACGCACUACCUGUUCAACCUCAGGGACAUCUCCAAGGUCUUCCAGGGGAUGCUGCGCGCUCACAAGGACUUCCACGACAACAAGGCGAGCGUCGCGAGACUCUGGGUGCACGAAUGUUUCAGGGUGUUCUCCGACCGUCUCGUCGACGAGUCGGACACCGAGGCCUUCACCGGCCUGCUGAGCGAGAAGCUGGCAUCGACCUUCGACCUCGCCUACCACAACCUGUGCCCGAACCGACAGCCGCCCAUCUUCGGAGACUUCAUGCGGGAGGGGGUGUAUGAGGACAUCACGGACUUCCAAGCACUGCGAAUUUUCAUGGAGCAGCAGCUGGAGGAUUACAACCUGAGGCCCGGAGUGCUGCCCAUGAACCUCACACUCUUCCGUGAUGCUAUCGAGCACGUGACGCGCAUCGUGCGGGUGAUCCGCCAACCCCGGGGCAACAUGCUCCUGGUCGGCAUUGGCGGCAGCGGGCGGCAGAGCCUGGCGCGCCUUGCCGCCUACCUGUGCCGGUGCUCCGUGUUCCACAUCGAGGUCACCCGGCACUACCGCCAGCAGGAAUUCCGCGACGAUCUGAAGCGGCUGUACUGGCAGGCGGGCGUGGAGAACCGGGCGACGGUGUUCAUCCUGACCGACGCGCAGAUCCCCCACGAGGCCUUCCUGGAGGACAUCAACAACAUCCUGAGCAGCGGAGAGGUGCCAGGCCUCUACAAGGCCGAGGAGUUCGAGCAGGUGCGAGCGGCGCUGGCGGGGGCGGCGCUGGCCGGCGGCUUUGUGGACUCCCCCGAGGGGAUCUCCCGCCUCCUCCUGGAGAGAGUUUGCGAGAAUCUGCACCUGGUGCUGUGCAUGAGCCCCGUGGGGGACUCCUUCAGGCGCCGCAUCCGCCAGUACCCGGCGCUGGUGAGCUGCACCACCAUUGACUGGUUCUGGGAGUGGCCCCGGGACGCUCUGCUCGAGGUGGCCGAGCGCUGCCUGCAGGGAGCGGCGCCGUCCGGCACCGCCGACGCCGCCGCCGCCGGCGACACCGGCGGCGGCACGGGAGGCACCGGCGACGGCACCGGCGACAGCCCAGAGUUGCAGUCCAAGGUGGCCCAGAUGUUCGUCAUCAUGCACCGCUCCGUGGCCGAUUCCUCGCGCAGGAUGCUCGUGGAGCUCCAGCGGCACAACUACGUGACGCCCACCAACUACCUGGAGCUGGUGGGCGGGUACAAGCGGCUGCUGACGGAGAAGCGUCGCGAGCUGGGCCUGCAGCUGAGCAAGCUGCACAGCGGCCUGCACAAGGUCGGCGACACGAGCCGCAAGGUGGAGGCCAUGCGAGCGCGGCUGGAGGAGGCCAAGGGGCAGGUCGCCGACCUCCAGCGGCAGUGCGAGGAGUACCUCGUGGUGAUCGUGCGGCAGAAGCGGGAGGCCGACGAGCAGCAGAAGGCCGUGGUGGCUCACAGCGAGCGGAUUUCGCUGGAGGAGGCCAAGUGCAAGGCGCUGGCUCAGAACGCCCAGCGGGACCUGGACGAGGCGCUGCCGGCCCUCGAGGAGGCCAUGAAGGCGCUGGAGUCUCUGAACAAGCGGGACAUGACAGAGAUCAAGUCGUACGGCCGUCCCCCGCCCCUCGUGGAGACGGUGAUGCAGGCUGUGAUGAUCCUCAGAGGCGGCGAGCCCACCUGGGCCGAGGCCAAGCGCCAGCUGAGCGACCAGAACUUCAUCAAGCAGCUCGCCAACUUCGACCGGGACAACAUCUCGGAGCGCGUGCUCAAGAAGAUCGGCCACUACUGUGCCCAGCCCGACUUCCAGCCCGACAUCAUCGGCAACGUGUCCGGAGCGGCGCGUUCCCUCUGCAUGUGGGUGCGCGCCAUGGAGAUGUACGGGCGAAUCUACCGCAUUGUGGAACCCAAGCAGAGCCGCCUCAACGCCACCAUGGCCCAGCUGCAGGAGAAGCAGGCGUCGCUGGCGGACGCCCAGGGCAAGCUGAGAGAGUUGACGGAGCGCAUGGAGACGCUCAAGCGGCAGUACGACGAGAAGCUGGCACAGAAGGAGGAGCUCCGGCGCAGCGCCGAGGAGAUGGAGGUGAAGUUGGAGCGUGCCGGCGCCCUGGUGGCCGGCCUCGCCGGGGAGAAGGCACGCUGGGAGCUCACCGUGCAGGGCCUGGAGGUGGACUUGGGCUUCGUGGUGGGCGACUGCCUCAUGGCGGCCGCUUUCCUCUCAUACAUGGGGCCCUUCCUGUCCAACUACCGCGAACAAAUCGUCUCCAACAUCUGGAUGAAGCAGAUGCGGGAGCUGGGUGUGCCGUGCUCGCCGGCGUUCAGCUUCUCGGCGUUUCUGUCGAGCCCGACGACGGCGCGGGAGUGGAGCCGGCAGGGGCUGCCCUCUGACAGCUUCUCCACCGAGAACGGCAUCAUCGUGACGCGGGGCGCACGUUGGCCGCUGAUGAUCGACCCACAAGGACAGGCCACGGAGUGGAUCAAGAACAUGGAGGCCUCACGGGGCUUGAAGGUGAUCGACCUGCAGGCGACGGACCUCGUGCACACCCUGGGGGCGGCCGUGCAGCUGGGCUCCCCGGUGCUGCUGCAGAACGUGCAGGAGCAGCUUGACCCCUCGCUGGCGCCCAUCCUCAGCCGCUCCGUCACGCACGUCGCCGGCCGUGCCGUGAUCAAGCUGGGCGAGCAGGAGCUCGACUACAACCCCGACUUCCGUCUCUACAUCACCACCAAGCUGUCCAACCCUCACUACCCCCCCGAGGUCUCCACCAAGACCACCAUCGUCAACUUCGCCGUCAAGGAGCAGGGCCUCGAGGCUCAGCUGCUGGCCAUCGUGGUCCGGCGCGAGAAGCCGGAUCUCGAGGAGCAGAAGGACUCGCUGGUGCUAGCCAUCGCCGCCGGGAAGAGCAAGCUACAGGAGUUGGAGGACGAGAUCCUGCGGCUGCUGAACGAGUCCCAGGGCUCGCUGCUGGAUGACCCGCAGCUCGUGAACGCCCUGCAGGCGUCCAAGGUCACGGCGGGGGAAGUUGCCGAGCAGCUGGCCGUGAGCGAGCACACGGAGGCCAAGAUCGACGCCGCUCGCGAGGGAUACCGCGCCUGUGCCCAGCGCGCCUCUGUGCUGUUCUUCGUUGUCACCGACAUGGGCCGCGUAGACCCUAUGUACCAGUUUUCGCUCGCCUCUUACCUGAGCCUCUUCGACCUGAGCAUCGAGAAGAGCCAGCGAAGCCCCAAGCUCGAGCAGAGGAUCGUGAACCUCAACAGCCAUCACACCUACAGCGUCUACCGGUCCACGUGCCGCGGCCUGUUUGACCGCCACAAGCUGCUCUUCAGCUUCCACAUGUGUGCCAAGAUCCUGCAGGCAGCCGGCAAGCUCCACCACGAGGAAUACGCCUUCUUCCUGCGUGGUGGAGUGGUGCUGGACCGCGAGGGCCAGAUGGACAAUCCGUGCCCGGAGUGGCUCGCCGACUCGGAGUGGGACAACGUGACGGAGCUGGACAAGCUGGCGAGCUUCCACGGCAUCAUGGCCUCGUUCGAACAGCAGCCGCGUGGCUGGCACACGUGGUGCACGGCCGCCCAGCCCGAGGGGACGCCUCUGCCAGGCGAGUGGGAGGACACGUGUGGCGAGCUGCAGCGCAUGCUGCUCGUGCGCUCGCUACGGGCGGACCGCGUGCCCGCGUGCGUCACGGCCUUCGUCGUCAACAGCCUCGGGUCAAAGUUCGUGGAGCCGCCCGCGCUCGACUUGAGAUCAGUGGUGGAGGACUCGACCCCGCGCACUCCGCUCAUCUUCGUCCUCUCCCCCGGCGUCGACCCGGCGGGUCUCCUGCAACAGCUUGCGGAGAGCGCGGGCAUGGCCACUCGCCUGCACACCCUCUCGCUGGGCCAGGGACAAGCGCCCCUCGCCACUCGCCUCGUCCACGAGGGCAUCCGCAAAGGCCACUGGGUCUACCUGGCCAACUGCCACCUGUCGCUCUCCUGGAUGCCGCAGCUGGACAGGCUGGUGGAGCGCCUGCAGGCGGAGGAGGCGACACACGCAGACUUCCGCCUGUGGCUCAGCUCGAGUCCCCACGCGGACUUCCCCGUCUCCGUGCUGCGGGCCGGCAUCAAGAUGACCACGGAGCCGCCCAAGGGCCUGAGGGCCAACAUGACGCGUCUCUACAGCCUGGUGACGGAGCCGCAGUUCUCGUCACGUCCCCAGGCCUACCGGCGCCUCCUCUUCGCGCUCUGCUUCUUCCACAGCCUCCUCGUGGAGCGCCGCAAGUUCCGGCAGCUGGGCUGGAACGUCGUCUACGGAUUCAACGACUCCGACUUUGAGGUGUCGGAGAGCCUGCUGAGCCUGUACCUGGACGAGUGCGAAGAGGUGCCGUGGGACGCACUGCGCUACCUCGUCGCCAGCAUCAGCUACGGAGGGCACGUGACGGACGAUUGGGACCGCCGGCUGCUCACCGCUUACAUCGGGGGCCUCUUCUGUGAGCAGGCGGUGAGCGCACCCUACUACAGGCUGUCGUCGCUGGAGUCGUACUACGUGCCGCGCGACGGGCCCCUGCCGGCGUACCGCGACUUUGCGGCGCUGCUCCCGCACGCCGACCACGCCGAGGCGUUUGGCCAGCACCCCAACGCGGACGUGGCCGGCCAGGCGGCCGAGACGCGCGCCCUGCUCGGCACGCUGCUCGGCCUGCAGCCGGGAGCCGGCGACCCCUCCGGCGACCCCUCCGGCGAUGCCGACGCCGACGCCGUGCACGGCCAGCGUGCCGGGGAGGCGGUGUUGUCGCGCGAGGACAAGGUGCUGGCGCUGGUGGCGGACGUGGCUCUGCGCGUGCCCCCGCCGCUGGACGUGGAGCGCUGUCGCCGGCAGCUGUCGGACGAAGCCCCCCGCUGGGCUCCACUGGGGGCCGUGCUGCUGCAGGAGAUGGGGCGCUACAACGCGCUGCUACACACCGUGCGCUCAUCGCUCUCCGACCUGGAGCGGGGGAUCCGGGGCCUGGUGGUGAUGUCGGCCCACCUCGAGGAGACCUUCAGAUGCAUCCACGACCUCCGUGUGCCACCCUCCUGGACACGGGCGUACCCGUCGCUGAAGCCGCUGGGGGCGUGGACGCGGGACCUGGUGCUCCGUGUCGACCACUUCUCCCGCUGGGCCCAGACGGCCCGGCCCCCGCUCCUCUUCUGGCUGCCGGCCUUCACGCUCCCCGCCGGGUUCCUCGCUGCCGUGCUGCAGGCCUCGGCACGGCUCAACGGCAUCUCCAUGGACUGCCUCAGCUGGGAGUUUGUGGUGUCCACUGUGGAAGACAACAACAUCCUGGUCCCUCCCAAGGACGGGGUGUGGGUUCGGGGCCUGUACCUGGAGGGAGCCGGCUGGGACCGCCGGGCGUCUUGCCUGGUGGAGGCCGAGCCGAUGGAGCUCGUCUGUGCCAUGCCAACGGUGCACUUCAAGCCCGUCGAGAACAAGCGGAAAUCCGCCAGGGGGCUGUAUUCGUGUCCCUGCUACUACUGCCCGGACCGUGCGGGCAGCCCGGAGCGGCCGUCCAUCGUGCUGGGCGUGGACCUCAGAGCGGGGUCACAGCCCGCGGACCACUGGGUCAAGCGUGGCACCGCACUGCUGAUGAGCCUGGCCAACUGAAAAACACCACCACCACCAUCACCACCAUCACCACCAUCACCACCACCACCACUACCA